AUGAGCAACAGUAGCAUCAGGAGCAGCAGGAACAUCAGGAGCAACAUGAGCAGCAGGAAAAUCAGGAGCAGCAGGAGCGAACAGCAGGGGCAGCACGUGCAGCAGGAACAUCAGGAGCAACAGGAACUUCAGGAGCAGCAGAAGCAACAGCAGGUACAUCAGGAGCAGCAGGAACAUCACGAGCAGCAGGAACAGCAGCUGCAGCAAGUAAAACAGGAGAAGCAGUUGCCUUCUGAAGAUCUUUGUCGGAAUCCCUCCAGCCUUCGCCUCUAUAAGGACUGUUACAUCAAACUCCCCUUCAGGAACAUCAGGAGCAGCAGGAAUAUCAGUAGCAGCAGGAACAGCAGGAGCAGCAGGAACAAAAGGAACAUCAGGACUAGCAGGAGCAGCAGUAACAUCAGGAGCAGCAGGAAAACCAGGAGCAGCAGGAACAUCAGGAGAAACAGGAACAUCCACAGCAGGUACAGCAGGAACAUCAGGAGCACCAGGAACAGCAGGACCAGCGGAUACAGCAAGAAAAUUAGGAGCAGUAAGAACGUCAGCAGGAAAAGCAGAAACAUCAGGAGCAGCUGGAGCAGCAGGAACAUCAGGAGUAAAAGGAACAUCAGGAGUAACAGGAACAUAAGAAGCAGCAGGAGCAGCAGGAACAGCAGGGGCAUCAGGAACACAGGGAACGGUAAAGCAACAACAUCAGAAGCAGCAGGAACAUCAGGAGCAGCAGCAAGAACAGAAGGGCAGCAGAUACAGCAGGAAAGUAAGGAACAGCAGGAACAUCAGGAAGAUCAGCAGCAGCAGUAA